AUGUCGACCGUCAAGAGUAACAAUAUCAUCCCCUUCUCGGAGCCGCCCUGGCUCGCGGGCAUGCCCUCGCCGUACUACAAGGAGACGCACAAGCGGUUCCAGAAGGCGUGCCGGGCGUUUCUGGAGGAGCACCUACUCCCAUUCGCCAUGGAGUGGGAGCGCGAGGAGACGGUCCCCGACCACCUGUUCGAGACGUUCCGCAAAAACAACAUGCUGAUCCCCAACUUGCCGGCGCCGCUGCCCGUCGAGUGGCUGCACAGGGUGGGCAUCUACGACAUCCUAGGUACACCCAUUGAAGAGUGGGAUUAUCUGCACACGGGCAUUUACCUGGACGAGAUGGGACGUGCGGGCGUCGGAGGGCCAGGUGGCUCCAUGACGGCAGGUCAUGCAUUUGGUAUCCCCGCCAUCAUCAAGUUCGGAAGCAAAGCUCUGCACGAAAAGUUCCUCCUCGAUCUGCUCCCGGGCAAGAAACGAGCUUGUAUCGCCAUCACCGAGCCCGGUGCGGGAAGCGACGUCGCCAACAUUGCCACCACGGCAAAGAAGAGCGCGGAUGGAAAACAUUACAUUAUCAACGGACAGAAGAAAUGGAUCACCAACGCCUUCUGGUCAGACUACGCCGCAAUGGCCGUCCGCACAGGUGGCCCCGGCGCUGCUGGCCUGAGCAUGAUCGUGUGCCCGCUGAAAGGCUAUCCGGGCGUGACGAUGCGUCGACUGAAAGUGGCCGGGCAGAUCAGCGCCGGCACGACCUUCAUCGAGCUGGACGACGUCAAGGUGCCUGUGGAGAACCUCAUCGGCGAGGAAGGCAUGGGCAUGCGCUAUGUCAUGACCAACUUCAACCACGAGCGGCUGACCAUCGCCGUGAGCGUGACGCGGCAGUCGCGCGUGGCCCUGUCGGCGGCGUUCGAGUACGUCAUGAAGCGCGAGGCGUUUGGCAAGGCCCUCAUCGAGCAACCCGUCGUGCGACACAGGCUAGCCAAAGCCGGCGCGGAGCUGGAGACCAUGCAGGCCUGGGUCGAGCAGUUCCUAUACCAGAUGACGCAGCUAACCAAGGCCGAGGCGGACGCAAAACUCGGCGGGUUGACGGCGCUGGCGAAAGCAAAGGCCGGCAUGGUAUUCAACGAAUGCGCCCAGACGGCGGUCCUCCUGUUCGGCGGCAACGGAUACACGCGCACAGGCCAGGGCGAGAUCGCAGAGCGCAUCUACCGCGAGGUACCUGGUGCACGUAUCCCGGGUGGCAGCGAGGAUGUCAUGCUCGACCUGGCCAUUCGCCAGCUGGUCAAGAACUACCGCAAUGCCACCCAGGCCUUGGAGAGGCCCAGUGGCAGCAGUAAGCUGUAG